AUGCGGACUGCUGUAAAUGCCGCGGCGAAUGAGACUUUGCAGAAGGGGAUAGCGGAGUUUUACGAUGAAUCGUCGGGAAUAUGGGAGAAUGUAUGGGGGGACCAUAUGCAUCAUGGAUUCUACGAACCGGACUCUUCCGUUUCACUCUCCGACCACCGCUCCGCACAAAUCCGCAUGAUAGAGGAGGCACUUCGCUUUGCUUCCAUUUCUGAUGAUCCACCGAGACAAAUUGUCGAUGUGGGUUGUGGUAUAGGAGGUAGUUCAAGGUACCUGGCGAGGAAAUAUGGGGCGAGAUGUCAAGGAAUCACUCUAAGCCCCGUGCAAGCGCAGAGGGCUCAAGCUCUUGCUGCUGCACAAGGAUUGGGCGACAAGGUUUCAUUCCAAGUAGCCGAUGCUUUGGAUCAACCAUUUCAGGAUGGGCAAUUUGAUUUGGUUUGGUCCAUGGAGAGUGGAGAACACAUGCCAGACAAAACAAAGUUUGUCAAUGAACUGGCUCGAGUGGCAGCUCCUGGUGGGACGAUAAUUAUAGUUACAUGGUGCCAUAGGGAUCUCUCCCCUUCUGAAGAAUCAUUGCGUCCAGAGGAAAAAGAGCUGUUAAACAAGAUAUGUAACGCUUUUUACCUGCCGGCAUGGUGUUCUACUACUGAUUAUGUAAAAUUACUUGAAUCCCUCUCUCUUCAGGAUAUUAAAGCUGCAGACUGGUCUGAGAAUGUUGCCCCGUUUUGGCCAGCAGUGAUAAAGUCAGCAUUGACAUGGAAGGGAAUCACCUCGUUGUUAAGAAGUGGAUGGAAGACAAUAAAAGGAGCGCUGGCCAUGCCAUUGAUGAUCGAAGGAUACAAGAAGGGACUUAUAAAAUUCGCUAUCAUUACAUGCCGAAAGCCUGUGUCAUGA